AUGCUGCCAACACCAGCUGCCCUGUUGGACGCCGUUUCCGGUGCGGAGGGUGAAGAAGACGGACAGUCGGGAGUCUCUUCUACCUCCACCACCAAUCCCGAAUCUCAGAUGCACCCCACACCUUCACAAUCGCCAUCCCCUCUACCUCGAAAUUCCUUAACCCGCCUAAAGGAAAUCCCUUCCGAACCUCCCGAUAGCAGACAACACCCGUCUUCUCUGACUUACCGGCUAAUUAAGAUCCCAGCCUGUCAAACCUGGUGCACUGACGUUGAAACUCUCUGUCCCUACCUGAACCCCAGCGACUCAACCUCCAAUGGGGGUGAGCCUAUCAUCCUCUGUGACGAGAGUCACUAUUACCGCCAGCCCAUGGAAGGCAACACCCGGAAGUAUGGUUGUGAACAUGACUGCUGUUUUUCUAAUGCAGAUCUGCUCUAUGAUUCUAUCGUCGAUUCAGCGCAGAGCCCUCCUGACCCUGAUCCGGACAGGCGAGCAACAGCAGCGGCAGAGGAAGAAACUCAAAAUGAGGCAGUAGAUGGCGUGUGUUUCAGCCUCACAGCACGCUGUUUUCAUGACCAUCUGUCUAGAAGCUUGGCCUCUGGUAGUGGCAGCGGCGGCGGCGGUCAGAGCAACUACGGCGCUAACAAUUCGUCGUCCUCCUCCUCGUCGCUCCUUCGCCUACAAGACUGGCCGGAUUAU